AUGGCUCCCACAGGGAACGGGCCAUCGAUACCGAUUCUAGGGUUCCUGACAUGUGUGGCGUUUAUCUAUCUCUCAUUUGGAGGUUUGUGGUUCGAUUUCAAAGGGGAGGCCGAGUUAGGGUUCGUGGGACGGAACGGGACACAGUUCGUGUUGGACGGAAAGCCUCUGUAUGUGAAUGGGUGGAACUCGUACUGGUUCAUGGACCACGCCGUGAAUGAUCACAGCAGGCACCGUGUCGGUGCUAUGCUUGAGGCUGGAGCCAAAAUGGGUCUCACUGUUUGUAGAACCUGGGCCUUCAAUGACGGAGGCUACAACGCUCUCCAGAUCUCUCCGGGCAGAUUCGAUGAACGAGUCUUCAAGGCCUUGGAUCAUGUAAUCGCAGAGGCAAAAUCGCAUGGUGUUCGGUUGCUUCUUAGCUUAGUGAAUAACUUGCAAGCGUAUGGAGGGAAGACUCAGUACGUGAACUGGGCAUGGCAAGAAGGUGUUGGUCUCAGUUCCUCCAAUGAUUCCUUCUUCUUUGACCCAUCUAUCCGCAGAUACUUCAAGAACUACCUCACGGUGCUUCUCACCCGCAAAAACUCUAUAACAGGGAUCGAGUACAGAAACGACCCAACGAUAUUUGCGUGGGAGCUGAUAAACGAGCCUCGCUGCAUGUCAGAUAUCUCUGGGGAUACCCUCCAAGACUGGAUUAACGAAAUGACAGCAUUCAUAAAGUCGAUAGACAGCAAGCAUCUUCUAACCGUAGGCUUGGAAGGGUUCUACGGCCCCAAGAGCCCAAAGCGGCUGACAGUAAACCCAGAGAGGUGGGCCUCUGAGCUUGGUUCAGAUUUUGUUCGGAACUCAGAGUCCCCAAACAUUGAUUUUGCGUCGGUUCAUAUCUACCCUGAUCACUGGUUUCACGAUCAGGGGUUCGAAGAAAAGCUCAAGUUCGUGGUGAAGUGGAUGCUGUCUCACAUUGAAGACGGGGACAAGGAACUGAAGAAGCCGGUUCUGUUCACCGAGUUUGGGCUGUCGAAUCUGAACAAGGACUAUGAGCCGUCGCAGCGGGAUCGGUUCUACAGAACAAUCUUUGAUGUUGUAUACAAAUCAGCCAAGCGGAGGAGGUCUGGUGCAGGCACGCUGGUGUGGCAGCUUCUGAUACAAGGCAUGGAAGGCUUCAACGAUGACUUUGGGAUCGUGCCCUGGGAACAAGACUCCAUCCAGAGGUUAAUGUUGGAGCAGUCUUGCAGAUUGGUUCGGGUCACAGGACGCCAUCAUCUUCAGGCAGACAAGAAGUCGAGAGAAAUGUGUUCGCAGAGACCAUGA